GAGAAUGAAUUGGAUUCGAGAUUGAAAGUUGAUCGAAAAUGAGCUGUUACACCGACGGUGGUGGUGUGUUGGCGAGGCGCACAGCGUCAUGCACAUCGGCGCCUAGCUCUGCCCUGAGUUCGCCUCGGAGCAGGGUCAAAUUCCUAUGCAGCCACGGCGGCAAGAUUCUCCCCCGUCCCUCCGAUGGCCAGCUCAAGUAUGUCGGCGGCGAAACCCGCGUCAUUUCCGUUCCCAGAGAUAUCUCUUUUAAAGAAGCAAUGAAGCGAUUGACCUACAUGAUGGAGGGGGAAAUGGUGCUGAGGUACCAGCUAGCGACCGAGGAUCUCGACGCCUUAGUGACGGUGAAAUCGGACGAGGAUUUGGGGAACAUGUUCGACGAAAUGGAGAAUUACCAAAUGAUGGGGUUUCCCAGAAUGCGAACUUUCCUCUUCCCCGUCCACAACCACAACCACAAACACAACAACAACAACAAUAACAUGGUUAUGGACGACCAACUGCCGUUGGAUCAGCGCUACAUCUUUUCCAUCAAUGGCAUCAUCACUCCCAGGCACCUCUCUAACUCUAGCAAGCGCCCCGGAGUCAGCUCCCUCGCCUCCUCCGGCUGCACUUCCCCCAGGUCUCCUGACAGCUACGCUGCUGAAGCUAAUAAUACAUUUGGAAAUAUGCAGAGGAUCCACAGUUCACCCAGCAUAUGCAACCUCCUCAACAUCCCCCAACAAAACCAUUACUCUUCUCCUCCUCCUACCCAUCAUCAGCAGCAACUUCCUCCUCAAUACUACCACACCUCGAGUUUUAGGUCUCCCAGCCCGAUGAGGUCCGGAGCUGCUAGGCUCCAACAAGAUAACUCCGCUCCUCCAACAGCCUAUUACAAUCCAUCCAGAGAUCCCAAUCGAGGCGGAGGAAAAGAACAUUGCAACAAAUGCAAGUUCCAAUGAUCAUUGUGGCGAGGGAACCUUACCAUGAAAACACAAACUCUUAACCCUUUCACUCUCAUCUUAUUUUCGAGCAUCAUAUUUUUCUUGGGGUAGGAAUAGUAGCACUGAGCAGGGAGUGGCGUUGCUAACUUUUUUGUAUGGUAUAGACUUUACAACGUCAUUUCACUAAUAUAUUCACUUUUAUUUAUUUAUUUUAGUGGGACAGCACAUUUUUUACAUUAUUCCGCUCGAAAUGCAUGAUUAAAACAAUAAUUCGCAAGCUUUAAAACUUUGGACAUCAUUCUCUUCAUCUGAAAUACAGAAACUAGAAUAU